GACGCAAUCAGCAUGCACGCUGGCAGAAUGAAACAACAUCUCUACUGAACGGCAGUAUCGCUGGAAGUAUCGCUGGGAAAUGGGACUUGGGGUUUUGCUGUACGUACCCAAUAUUAUUGGAUACAUCAGAGUCCUUCUGGUGCUCAGCUCAUGGAGUGGUUUCGAUAACCCUGCGGUGUUUGUCCCCUGCUAUGGCAUAUCAAUAAUACUGGAUGGGGUAGACGGCUGUGUGGCUCGCAGGUUAGACCAAACCUCUGAGUUUGGGGCCUGGCUGGACGUGGUGGUGGACAACCUGGGGCGGGGCAUGGUGUGGAGCAUGCUGUACCAGUGGGGCUGGCUGGUGUCUGCGCUGGAGUGGUGUGUGUUUGUCUGUAACCACAACGCACACGGUGCCCAGUGGAAGAGCAGCUUCUCAGACAGCCCCUGGCUGGUCCAGGCUGUCAUGGCCAAAGGUUUCAGGACGCCUCCAGGGGUCCUGGCCAUCGCAGGGCUGCACAUCCUGCCUGUGUGGCUGUAUGGGUACCAGCGGGGGCUGCUGUCGCGGGCCCUCUCCCUCCCGGCCUGGCUGCAGGUCCUGGGGACCCUUCUCCUCACUGGGGGCAGGCUGCUCUGUCUGUCUGCGGAGGUGUGGUGUGUGUGGUCUCACAUCAGGUUCCUCACCAGAGACAGACAGGUGAAAAGGGAGUGAGUGAUCUGUGACCAGCGCCCAGGGGCCGGGGGUCCGCAGAACUCAGCCCACCGCUCAGAACUCAGGGCUCCGGACCCAGAGAGGCCGGGAGAAAUACUCUACGGCCCAGUUACAAAACAAUCACCAAAACAAACAUUCUGCUACAUUGACUGUCUGUUGCGAUAAUGAGACCAAUAUUUUAUUUAUAGAUGUGUAUGACCUGCUGUUUUAUACCAUGUGACACGGUUUGUGACAUUUUUGAUAAAUGCCGGUGAAACUAUAUUAAGUGCUGUUGGAAAUAUUAAGUUGAAAUGUAGUACAUCAUAUACCUGUAUGGUAAUAUUUACCUGAUAUGCACUCAUAUCAAAAGCCAUAUUAAUGUGAGAAUCAAUGUAAACUAUUUAUACAAAAAGCACUUAGAUCCAGAUAAAUGUGAUAAAUAGACAUGGAUAGACAAUAUAUAUAUAUGGACCCAUAUAAGUGUGUGAAAGUAUAGUGUUGUAUUAAGUUCUAUUCUUGUUUUUAUUAAGCCACAUGCACUGCUGGAUAUUCACUGUAUCUUAUUUCCACUGUUUGUAUGCACUUUAGAAAAGGCCCACCAGAGGCCGUGGGGCUGAAGGUGAUCCCUUAGGGAAGCGGGGAUGGUGGAGGGAACAGGGAUUUUUAGAACCACAAUGAUUUCACAAUACUGGCCCAAUUGGCGCCAACCAAUCAGAAUUGAGCUAUCCUUAUCAGGGAUUGUGAAGUGAUUGUGGUGUGGUGAAAAGAGGCACCUGUUGGGAGGAAGCCUGUUUGAAGCUGUAUGAAAGCCAUUCUGUAACUGAACUCUGCAGAGACACCACGCCUUUAUGAUCACCGUUAGAGAAUAAAGUCUGA